GAUUAAUGAGGCAAAAGUGUUUUAUCGUGCCGUGCGUUAAAUAUUUAAUACAAUAUCAAAUAAAUGUUGCAUAAGCCGGCUGUCAUUUAGCAUCUUGCGUGUGGCUACCAUUUGAGUGUCUGUGUUUUUACUCUGUGUGUUUACUCUGGAAUAUUCCUAAACAAGCCUAGACAAGGAUUCUCCAUAGAGCUUACACGCAACUCUACACAAGAACCGAUCAGUCGUUUCAGCUAACGGGAACACAAACAAGAAGACAGAAAACAGAAAUGAAGCCGCAUCAGAAUCCCUUAAUAAACUGUUAGAGUCCACUCCCCAGUGGGAUUCACCGUUAGGAGAUCACGCGCGUGCACUAGCCGGUAUUUGUGUAUUGGUGACACGUACACGUACACGUACAAAUAACUGUACCUCCUAGGACCCUAAAAUCUCGACUCGAAUUCAAUUAGGUGCCAAAAAAGGAGGAAUAUGGAAUGGAAUGCCACGACACACGUGUAUAAUAUACGAGUGUGUUGAUUGUGUAUAAGUAUUACUGUAUUUGGUGCGUGAUAGAAAAGCCAAGAGCAACAACAGUUACAAAAAAAUUAAAAAAUAUAUUUGAGAGAAAACCCGCAAAAAAAAAAACGAAAAACAUUACAACAAAAUGUCUGCGCCGGCAGUUGAAGUAAAUGGAAGUGUUCCGGUAGUGGAAUUUCAUCAAAGACAGCACAUGGUGCAGGCUGGCGUGGCGCCAUUUCCGGGCGCUCCGGCCGGUUAUGCCGCCGCUCCAGGGCCAGCAGCAGCGGCCGCGGCAGCAGCAGCCGCUGCCCAGCAAGCAGGAGCUGCUGCGGCCGCUGCCCAACAGGCUGGCGCUGCUGCCACAGCCGCCGACAGUUUGUCCCUGGCUGUGGCAGCUGCAGCAGCCAAACAGCAGGCUGAACCAGUGACCCAGUUAAAGGCGGCCGGCGAGCCAGGAGGAGCUGCCACCGGGAACACAGUUGCAUCAGCAGCAGCAGGAGCGGCAGCGCCAGGAGCUGUCGGAGGAGUUGCAACAGAAUAUGCCACGGCCAAUGGUGCUGCAUCGGCAUCAGUGGUGGUCACGAGUGUGUCCGAAUGUGCACCGUUGUAUAUGCAACAGACAAAGACAAAUCUGUCAACACAAACACAGACACUGUACAAUGGAACAGCCAGCAGUGUCGCAUCCUCAACAGUCACAGUCGCUGGUCCUGGUCCGGGUCGGGUCGGGUCCUGGCCAAAUCCCAGUUUCAGUGGUCACGCAGCCAUCCCUGACAAAUGGACAUGCCAUGGACCAACUGCAACUGCAGCAGCAGCACCAUCACCACCAGCUACAACUUCAGCAGCACCACCAACACCCCAACAGCAGCAGCAACAACAACAACAACAACAGCAGCAUCACCAUCACCACCAGCAAUCAUCGCAGCCCCCACAAAAUGUGCUCAGCAUAUCCACAGUAUUGAUUGCCAAUGAGGCUGCUGAUUCCCAACAGAGCUCAGCCCACUCGAUUGUUGGCACAGGAGGCGGUGGUACAGGCGGCGGUGGUGGCGGUGGACCGCCUGGCUCCCCGCUCUGCAGCUCCCCGUCCAGCGUCACAGCAUCGCAAGCCACAGUCGCCGCAGUAGCAGCCGCAACAUUCAAUGGAAGUGCCACAGAUAGCAGCAUGUCGGGCAACACAUCGCCGAUAGCCAGCGGCGAACCGCUGCUCCAGACGCCGCCCGCCAUGCAACAGCAGCAACAACAGCAACAGCAGCAGCAGCAGCAGCAAAUGCCGCUCCUGUGCAGCAGUCCCACAUCGAUGGCAGCGGCCACAUCCGUCACGGCCAGUUCGAUAGCCGCCGGCGCACUGGCUGCCACCAGCAGCAGUGGUGUGGGUGUCGGUCUCUUGCCCACCGCCGGCCUGGACAGCAUGGCCAGCAUUGCCAAUGGUGGGGCGAUGGUGGUGCCAGCGAGUACCUCGCAAGUGAUUGCCCAUCUGAAUGCUGCAGCGGCAGCAGCCAGCGGCAUCAUGACCGCCUCCGUGCAGUCGCCGAAUGUGGUCACAAGUCUGACCAGUGCUCUAGUCCCCGCACAGGCGCUGCCGACGGUCGCACAGGCCGUUGCCGCCUCCAUGGAUGCCAAAAGUCAGCCCAAGCGGCUGCAUGUCUCCAACAUACCGUUCCGCUUCCGGGAUCCCGAUCUGCGUGCCAUGUUUGGGCAAUUUGGAACCAUUCUCGAUGUGGAAAUCAUAUUCAAUGAGCGCGGCAGCAAGGGAUUCGGUUUUGUAACAUUCGCUAACAGCAACGAAGCAGAACGAGCACGCGAACGUCUACACGGCACCGUGGUUGAGGGACGCAAAAUCGAGGUGAAUAACGCCACUGCACGUGUACAAACCAAAAAAGUGACAGCAGUACCCAACGUUGUACUGACCAAAGAUGGUGCCAUGCCGGCCCCAGCUCUAGUCUGCGUACAAUGGCCAGAAGCCGCCGUAGCCGCUGCCAUGCGUGGAGUGGCCAUUCAACGUGGACAUGUGGGCGUGGUCGGUGCCACACCCUACCAUCAUCCCCAUCAUCCGCACCACCAUCAAGCGUUGCUGGCGGCCUCCGCCGCUGCCGCCCAACAGCACCAGCAGCAACGCCAGGUGGCCGCCGCCGCCGUGGCCGCAGCAGCUGCCCAACAGCAGCAGCAGGUCCACCAGCACCAGCAACAGCAGCAGCAACAACAGCAGCAGCAGGUCCACCACCAGCAGCAACAGCAGGCCGCGCACCACCAGCAACAGCAGCAGCAGCAGCAACAACAACAGCAGCAACAACAGCAUGCCGCAGCCGCCGCCGCCGUAGCCGCCUCGCAUCCGCAUGCCCAUGCCCAUGCCCACGCCCACGCGCUCGCCGGACUGCAGCCGACACUCCAGGCAGUGGCCGUGCCCAAUGCUGGAGCCAAUGCCGCUGCCGUCGCCCAACAGCACUCGGCGCUGCAACAGUCACUGGCGGCUGCUGCGGCUGCGCAGAAUCAGGGAGGAGUCGCCACCAAUGCGAGUGCUGCUGCCGCGGCCGCCUAUGCCGCCCGCCUGUCGGCGGCCACUGCUCAACAGACGCCGGCCGCUGCUGCUGCGGCUGCUGCUUCCAUGGCAGCGUCGGCCAAUGCGGCCAACAAUGCUGCCGCUUUGCAUGGAUUUGCGCCUGUAUACUAUGAUCCCUUCCUAGCAGCCGCUGCAUCCGCUGAUCCGAAUCUACGCUUCCAGGCAGCCAAACCGGUCACUGAAGUUCCAGCCGCUCAGCCAGCCGCCAUAUUAAAUCGCCGCACUGUGACUACGCUAAACAGUAACCCACAUACGAUCAACCGCAUUCCGGUACCACAGAAUGUUUUGGCCGCUGCUCCGCUGUUAAAGACACCCCUGUCUCAGGCCCAGCAGCAGGCGUAUGCCACGGCUGCCACCACCUACACGGCGGUUGCUGCCCGAGCGGCCUAUGGGGCCGCUGCUGCAGCAGCCGCCCAGCCGGCUCUUGCCGGAUAUGCCACCGUAGCGGGCUAUGCGCGCGAGUAUGCAGAUCCUUAUCUAGGACAUGGCAUUGGACCCGUGCCCGGCUAUGGGGCAACCAUGUACCGCGGCGGCUUCAAUCGAUUCACGCCAUAUUAGGAACCAUUAAGAACGCCAGUCAGCCAAAAAAUGCACUUGAACUACUCUCGAUGAAAAUGCUCAAUAUAUGAACAAAGAAAAUGCGAAUAAGCAAGUAGCUUAGAAGUAAAUACUCCUCCUCUACGUGCAGUAAGUAGAAGUUACAACCAACCCGAUAGAUACAAGAAACUCAACACACAACAGCCGCCGCUCAAAGAUCUUGGAGAGUUGAAAAUCAAAGCUAAAUGCAACCAAUGCAAAUGCAAAAGAAAAAGAGAACAUAAACAAAUCAAUGUCGUCCAGUAAAAGCCACAAAACUAAAACCAAAAGAGAAAAAAAACAAAACAAAAAACGCUAAACACAGUUCUAUGGAGUUUGUAUAAGUAACAAAAAAAGAAAAGGAACAAAAGAAAAUUACAUAAAUUAAAAGAAAAGAAAAGCUCAGAUUGCAAAACAGUUUUGCAACAAGUGAAAGAAAAACAUGUGCUUCAUGCGUAGAUUUUUACCAGAACAAAAGCUGAAACUUUGUGCGGCAAAGCAGAAUUUAUAUAUACAUACACAUACAUACAUACAUAUAUAUAUGUAUAUAUAUAUAUAUAUAUACAGAUAUAUAUAUACCAACAAGAUAUAUAGUUAUGAUAUAGGCAUUGUAUUUGUAUAUCAGAAACCAAACAAACAAAAUGAGCAAUGUUUUUUAGAUACUUUUCAUGCGGUAACAUCAUCAGAUAUUAAUAUUAACAUACGAGCAUACCUUUUGGUUGUUGAUUUUGGAACUUUGUUGAACUAAGUUUUGAUCCCCCCGUAUGCUUUAAAUGAUUUACAAAUAUUAAACAUCCGUAGCAUUGUGUAGUAUGUAGUAAGCAAAGGCAUCAGACAACGGAACAAAUUAACCAAUUAAAUUAUGCUAUAUUGUUUGAACAAACUUAAAACAGAGGGGACAAUGUAAUGCACAAAGAGUUUGUUUAUUUGCAUAUAUGUUAGAUAUAUAAUUUCAUAUUUGAAAAUACCCAAAGAAUACUCAUUUCUGUACUGUAUUGUCGACGAAUUUAUUUUAAAUGCAUUGCUUUGGUUGUUCCUAGUAUUUUUAUAUAUUUUGGCAGCUAACCCCAAACAGAACUCGACUCAAUUCGAAUUGCUCAAAAAAAUCGUAGUGCAUAGGUACAUAAAUGCAAAAGAUCAACACGUAGACAUAUCCUUGGAAUAUACAAUAAUAUUUACUUUAAAUGCCGCCAUAGCAGCAAAGCAAACAAAAAGAAAAAAAAAAAACAAAAGAAAAACACACAAAAAAAAUCUAAAAACAAAAAGAAAUUAGUUUUUAAAAGUCAAGCUUCCAGUGACAAAAAAAAGCCAUUGAUGAAUGAUGUGGAAAUCGAAUAAUAAGCAUUACAAAUUAAACAACUUUUAGCUCCUACUCCGUAGCACUUUCCUUGUGUGUUGUGUAAGACAGAACAGAAACCCAAAACUAUUAAGAAAAGCAAAUGAAAAUGAACCCUCUUUGACGUUGUUCACUUUCGGACUAGACCGAGGCGAAAACACUUCCUUCCCUAAGAAAACUAAGAAUUUAUUUUCUACACACACUCGAAUCUAAUGCACACACAGAAAACAAAUGCUAAAUGCAAAAUGCAAAAAUACCAAAUGGAAACUUUUAACGUUGUGUAUUUUUCAAAAAGUUAACGAUCAAAUGCUCAAUGGAAACAACAACCAAAAUGACGUACGUGUUCUCUAUUUUGAUUCUUAGGCAGCCACUGUCGUCGUCAAGUUUAUACUAGUUGUUUAUGAACCAUACUAUGCUAAAGAAAUCAAAGCUACUAAAUAUUGUGCGUGUGUGUGUGUGUAAUCGUGCAAUUCUUAAGUGUUCUUCAAAUUUCCUUGAAAGAAAACAAAAAACCAAAAAAAAAAAAACCUAAAGCAAAACUAUGCAAAAUUAUAUGGAAGGACAGGCAGGAAAAUUUCAUCAACUCCAAAGAGCUUCAACUUUGAUGGGUUUUCUUUUUUUUUCAAUCUAAUCACUUGGAAACUGUCUCAGAAUGUACAUACAUAUUUAUGAAGAUAUAUAAUAUUUUACAUUAUUCCUCUCCAAAAACAACACACACACCAAUACACGCACACAAUGAAAUAUAGAGAGAGGAAGAGGGAGAAAGAGAAGAGAAAGAGAGAGCAUAGCAACAGGAUUAGGGUUGCCCACAAAAAACUCGAAGCAAUUAUGUCAUACUCAGAUUUAUACGCACAUAAAUGUGUUACUUUUUUUGUUUGAUUCUCUCUCAUAAUUAUUAUACUGAUAUACUAUACAUUACGUUGACAUUUUUAAAGCCAAAGUUUAUAUUUUAAAACGAUUUUUAGUUAGAUAUUAGUUAGUACGCCGAUGACAGAGACAGAGAAAGGGGACAGAAAAUGUGAGCGAAAAGGAAAAACAAUAAAAAAAAGAAAAUAAUGAUGAGAACAAAUCGAACCCAACAAUUGCCAAAUUAAAUGUAGCUUUCAAGUGAAUUAUCUAUAAUAAAGACGUAAUUAAAUAAAAUACAUUUUUCAAAUAGUGCAGAAAUAGUUUGGGUCCACCCGAAAAAUCACCCUAAAACAGACACACACACACUGACGCAGACGCAGACACAGACACAGAUUUGGGUUUUAUGAGCAGACAAAAGAUAAAAACAAUCUAGUUAUAAA